AUGCGGUUUUUACUCCUAUUUUUCGCAUUACUCGCCCUCGCCCUGGCUGAUUUAUUCACCGCCAUCGCCGAUAUGGAGGUGAGAAAAAGUGCAAAAAGAUUUCGACCACGGCAGGAUUCGAACCUGCAAUCUUCUGCUCCGUAGGCAGACGCGUUAUCCAUUGCGCCACGCGGCCAGUUGCUUGGCAGAGGGUGCCAGGCGCAAUAGGUCCUCGCGUCCUGGUUGCGUCAUAGUGUUAGGAGGGGAUUUUUUCGUAGAAUUUGAUUGUUUUACGUAAAUUUUUGGUAUUUCAGCACAUGUUGGGCGCUGAAAAGGACGUGAUGGGCGUUAUCGAUCAAUAUAUUGAGGCGGAAAGGGAAAGAUUGAACAAGUUGAGAAAGUAAGUUUAUAUGCUUUUUGAAAGAAAAUUAUAGGGUUUUCAAGAAAUUUAUUGAAUUUUAAGUCGCAAAAUUCACAAAUUCAACAAAAGCGAUAAAAAUUACAAUUUUAUUCAUACCAAGUUGUAAAAUGAGUGAAAUUUGGUUUCAUUUACAUUUACGGUAAUUUUUAUUUACUUAUGUAUUUUUUUUUACUUUUUACCUUUUUCUAAUUAAUUUUGAAAUAAUUAAAAGACCUCAGCAAUGAAAAUUGCGCUCACUGACAGUCGCACAAACAUUUGGUAUAUUUUUUUCAUCGGCCUUCCGCGGGCGCCGUCAAAAGUGACCCUCUCUUUCCCUGCCACCGACUUUUUCCGACUUGCGCGCCGCUGUAGUGUUGAAUAUGUUGACUUGCCGUUUUGAUACCUUUUUCCAGGGUCUUUCAGAGUUUAUCAAUUGCCAUUGUGAUUUUUCCAAUUUUUUUAUUAAGUUUUUGAGGUUUUGAACUACUCAAAUUGAGUUUUUUUGAAUUGAUUUUGAAGAAAUAAUGAAUUUGUUUUUUUGGUUUUUUUGUUGCUUUUCGGAAAAAAAUCGAGUUUUAAAAGGAAUUUUUUUCAAGUUUCAGCAGAUUUUUUUGGAAUUUUUUUCAAGAAUUCAUUGUUAUAAAUUCCUCUAUUUAUAUGAAUUUUUCUUAAAUUUAGUUUAGGUAGAGCGUUUUUUUAUUUUUGACAGUUUUUUUGGCCAACAAAUUUGUUAAAUGUUUUUUUCGAAUUUUCAGAACACAUUUCGAUAAUUCUACUCACAAUCUAUUAAUUUUACACUAAACUGAUCAUUCUCUCAGCUUUGCCGAUGAAUACUCGAAGAGAAACGCUCACGCCGAAGAAGUCGGCCCGGAAUUCGUCACGAAUCCGAUCAAUGCCUAUCUUUUGAUUAAAAGAUUGACGAGCGAGUGGAAGAAGGUCGGUUCCUGCGACAAAAAUCAAAAAAAGUUGAUAAUUUUAGGUCGAGGAUAUCAUGAGAAACAACGCGGCGGAGAAAUAUAUCAAAAAUAUCACCCAAAAUCGAGUCAAUAGCCAGGUUUGUCAGUUUUUUGAUGAAAAAUUCGAAUUUUUUCGUAUUUUUUGUACCUGCCAAAGCUCGAAGAACCUUAAAAAGUGGAUUUUUUUGAAAAAAAUGACUUUUUUUAGAAUUUCCUUUGAAUUUUUUUAAUAAAUUUCUUUUCAAGGAAGAAAAUUUUUUAAAAAAGGAUAUCACCAUAAGUACCAUAUUACCAUAAGAAAUAAAAACAUUUUAGCUUCAGGGUCCCAGGAGUGAGCCCCUAUAGGGACCACUUGAAUUUUACACCGGAAACACUUCUUUCUAAGUGCCCCCUAUAGGGUUUUGACGUUUUAGUGGCCACUAUAGUAGUCUAAUUAGUGGGCACUUAAGGGAUUAUCAAUUAGUGGCCCCUUCAGAGCCCUCUCCAAGUAGUCUUUGAGGAACCUCUAUACUGGCCACUGAAUUUUUCACAGUGCUUUUUUUUUCUUCCUAAACCCUAUAGGGACCACUAUGGCGCUUCUAAGACGAGCUAUUUUUCGAAUUACCGCAGAAAUCCGCUCUGCAUACACACCGUAGUGCAGCACCAGUCGAAAAAAACUUUAAUUUAUAUUUUUUUAAUUAAAAGAUAUUGAUUUGAAGGUCCGAUUCCCGCAAGAAGAAGACCUCAGCGGAGCCGCCACGGCCUUGCUCCGACUUCAGGACACCUACAAACUGGAUACCCAUGACUUGGCCCACGGAGUUAUUGACGGAGAGAAAGUCGGCAAGCCAUUGACCGCUCACGACAUUUUUGAGGUGAUUGGAGGAUUGAGAAAUGGAGAAAUAUUUGAAUUUUGAUUAGCUUAGAGUGUUCCCUAUAGGGGCGACCUCAGAGGUCCAUGUUUGAACAAGCGUUUUUAAAUGAAGUUAAAAGACCUCUAUAGGGAGCACUUAUGAUUCAGGGGCUAAGGAGUCAGACCCUGAACCCCUAUAGGGGCCACUCUGGAAUUCUUAAAGAAUGACUUGGAUUUUAUACCCUUUUUUAGUACAAAAAUAAGCUUUUUUAAGUUCAUUUCGUUGAUAUUCCGGACCAAAUAACAACCACGUUUCAAAAAAAGCAUAAAACUUAGGUUUAAUUGUCUUUUUCAAUUUGUUGGAUUUAGGUAAUUCGAAGCGAUUGGAUUCAUAAAACAAUAUAUUCUCAUUAUUGAUUGAUCGAAAAAAAUUCAAAUAAAUAAAUAUAAAUAUCCUCAUUUUUAUUUUUAUUUUUUUCAUUUAACAAAUAAAUAUCCUCAUUUAUGAACAAGAGUUUCAGAAAAAAAAAAAAUUUAUAAACUCCGCUUUUUAUAAAUUUUAACAGCUUUUUAGAUUAAUUUUUUUACUUUUUCGUGCUUAUUUUUUUCAAUUCGAAAUCAACUUAUUUGAAUUUAAAUCCAAUUUUAGCGCAUUCAAUAGCUUGAAAAAAAUGAGUUGAAGGGAAGUUUUUCAGAAAUUGAACAAACAAAAAAACUCAAUUUAGGAAGUUUGAACCUUAAAAUUUCAGCCAGAUUCUUAAAAAUUCAACUUAUUGAUGGCGUAAACUGAAUCUUGAUACUUGAAACCUUUAAAAAAAUAUAGAAUAAUUUAGAAAAAAGAAGGAACAUGAAAAAAAUUGGUCUUUUUAGAGAAAUAAAUUUCAUUUUUCUUUGCUAGAAAUGUAUAUUAUCAUGGAAUUUUUCUGGAUUUUUAUCAAUAUUUUUAUUCAAAUUAUCCAGGUAAAAGUUCAAUUUUUUUCGUUUUUCUUUAAUUUUUUUGUUUUUAAAUUUAAUUUUUUUCAGGUUGGAAGGGCCGCCUAUAAUCAACGAGAUUAUUAUCACACGCUUUCUUGGAUGCAGGUUGCUAUGAAUAAGGUAAUUUUUCAGUUCAAAAAACGGUCAAAAUUAAAAAAAAAUAGGAUUUCUAGAACCAUAUAAAAAAAUUCUUCAGAUUGAAAUAAUGUUAAUUUUCGGCGAAUGAACUAUUUUUUUGACCCUAUAAAAAGCUAUUUUCGACUUUAUUUCUUGUUUUUCUUUGUUUCCUGUUUCACGUUCGAGUUAAAAUAAUUUUUUUUUUUAUUUAAUUUGAAGAAAAGACCAUCCUUUUCCAGCUGGAGAACGAAGAGCCCAAAUCGAUGGAAGAAUCGGAAAUCCUCGAAUAUUUGGCCUAUUCUCUCUACCAACAAGGAAAUGUCCGAAGGGCCCUCAAUUUGACCAAAAGAUUGGCCCAAAUCGCUCCGAAUCACCCGAGGGCUAAAGGUAAAUUAUCAUGGGGUACUUAGGAACGCCAGAGUGGUCCCUAGAAGUGGUUAGGGACAAACAGGCCCUAUAGGGGCGGAAUUUAGGUGGUCCCAUUGGGAGUUCAGAAACUGAUCCUGAGCCCCUAGAUCUCAAGUGGUCACUUUAGGGGUCUUUUAACCUUUUGUUAUUAUUUAAAAGUUAAAAUGAAGUAUAGCAAAAGAGGUAAAUUAUCAUCAAUUUAAGGUACUUGGGGACGCCAGAGUGGUCCCUAGAGGGGUUAGGGGAAGAACGGUCCCUAAAAGAGAGCGAAUAGAACUACCUAGAGGGGUGAAAUUCAGGUUUUCCCGAUAAGGGUUUAGAAGCUUAUCCUGAGCCCCUAGAGCUCAAGUGGUCACUAUAGGGGUCUUACAAUUUUUCUGUUCAGAUCUCAAAGUUGAAUAGCCUUAUAGCAUGCCCCUAAAGGGGACACCUUUGCAAUCUUUAGUGACCCCUAUAGGGCGAGGUUAAGCGGUCCCUAGAGGGAACCUCCAAGGGCCCUCAAAAUUACCCCUCCAGGGACCACUCCGGCUCUCCUACUGUACAGUAGAAAGUGAAAAGAUGGGUUUUUCAAUUAUUUUGUGUAGAAAAACUUUAAAAAAGGUACAUUUUGAUGAAAAUUUUUUGGGAAAAUAGAACUUUAAGAAUGAUAAAUUUGUUCUUUUCAUUAUUAAGAUUUAUUUAAUAAGAUUUCCAAGACAUUUUUUGAAAGGAAAUCAUCGUUUGUUGGUUUUUCGUACAUAAAUCUUCUUUUAUCUGAAAAUUUUCGCAAUCAAAUUAACUUAUAUUUUUUUCUUUGCUUUGAAAAUGGGAUACGAUUGUGGAGAGAAAUUUUUUUUUUGAUGAUUUUGUAGAAAUCAAUUUUCAGGGAACGUAAAAUGGUACGAAGACAUGCUCCAAGGAAAGGAUAUGGAAGGAGAGCUGCCGCCGAUUGUCAACAAGGUAUUUUAUUUACAUUUUGAGGGGUCCCUAUAGGGGUUUGUUGUUUAAGGGACCUCUAUAGGGAUCCCUGAUUUAGAUAUGACCCUUGGCUCUCAAAGUUUGAGGGGUCUCUAUAGGGAUCCUUAUGAAACCCUUUAAAGGAACCCCUCAAAAGUCUCUCAGUUAUUUGUGUUUUCACUGGUUUUUUUCCCAAAAAAAAAAAAUCGUUUUGAGCUUCAUUUCUGUCGAUUUAACAGCAGAAAAAUGGAACCAACAAAUUUUGGCAAAAAAAUUUUCGACUUUUUUUUUUUGAAUUUUCAUCGAUUUUCUGUUGUAUAGUUCAAUAUAUACAACUUUUAGUUACUAAACUAUUUACUUCAUACAAAAGUAAGAACAAGAGAAAAAAACAAAAACUCAAUCGCCUGAUUGCGCAGAAGGGGAACUGUGAAGGUGGCCUGCACAUCUUAAUAAUGCGCGGCAAUUUGAAAUGGUAUAGAUUUACGGGGUGAAAUCUUGACACUACAACAUUUUCAUAGAAUUUUUAUGUGUAAAAUUUGUUGAUAUCCUCAUUUUCUUCCGAAAAAAGAUAAAUUUCAUCAAGGUAGACAUUUUCAGCGAGUAGAAAAUGAUGGAAUCGUUGAGCGAGACGCCUACGAAGCUCUCUGCCGUGGAGAAAUUCCGCCUCCCGAGCCGGAACACGCCAAAAAACUCCGUUGUUACCUCAAGGUUCUUCAAGAAUUCAAAAGAAGGUUGAAAUGAUAGGAAAAUUUCAGAGAGACAAGCCGUUCUUGAAGUUGGCGCCGAUCAAAGUCGAAAUCCUGCGAUUUGAUCCCCUGGCCGUUUUAUUCAAGGAUGUCGUUUCCGAUGAGGAAAUUGAAGUCGUCAAGGAACUCGCCACGCCAAAGGUACAGUCAAAUUAAGGAAAAAAAAAGAUGUGGAAAAUUUAAUUAUACACCUGCUUUUCCAUUAUGAAAUUGAGUUUUAUUUCAAAAUUCAGUAUUUUAAACGAUAAUUUUUCUUCAAAAAAAUUUUUUUGAUAUAUUCAGAUUUUUUGGAUUUUGUGUUCAAAAAUGAUUUCGCGAAAUAGACAAAAUCAGAAUUUCGGGAGUCGCUGAAAAAAUGGGUCCUACAACGAUUUAUUCAAAGAUGUAACUGUUUACGGUGAUUUUUACGCGCGAAUUCAAAAUUUCCUUGAAAAAGCCCUUGUAAUUUCAAAAUUUGGAGCUCUCGGUAUAUUUCGUUGUAAGACCCAUUUUCUCAAUAUAUUUAGUUUUGCCCAUUUUGCGGAAUUAUUUCGAACGAAUAACGCUUCUCAAGUACAAUGACGUCAUUUUAAAACGCUCUGUGGAUGGCUCUCUUUCUGAUUGGCUUAUGACGUCAUUAGGGGCGGAGUUUGAGCGAUGACUUGACUUUCAAAAUCUGAAAAAGCUUUAGAAGUUGAUAACUUUCUGCUUUUCGGCUUAGGAACUCCAGAGUGGUCCCUAUAGGGGAAGCCUUAGGGGCCCUUGACGGUUCCCCUUUAGGGACCACUCCUCUGUCCUUAUAGGAGCCACUAAAGCCCUAUAGGGAUUUAGUUAGUGACCCCUAUAGUGGACACGCUAAUCAAUUAUUUCUGCUCAAAAAUUCCUAAUUUUCUAUCGAAAAAAAAUCUCACCCUCUUGAAAUCAAUAGUUGGAACGGGCGACGGUCAAAGCCAGCGACGGCUCGCUCAUCACGGUUGACUACCGUAUCUCGAAAAGGUAUACUGUAUCCAACUGAUACCGUAACCCUGAAGUGUGCUGCCGUUGAAAAUGUCCUCCUUUCCAGCAAAAAAUGCGAAAAAUGAACUUCAUUCGUUACGACUUGAAAAAGUCUCUCUGCUUUUUUCGUGGUAUUUCCUUUUUUCUGUGACCUAUGAGAGAGAAAUGAGACGCAGAGAAGUCAUACAGCUGUAAGUCGUGACGAAUCUCGUUUUUAAGGGCUGUUUUCUCGUUUCUAUGACCCCUGGGGAGAGAGAAAAGAGACGCAGAGAAGUCAGACAGUUCUCUAAUAUGACAAAUCUCGUUUCUAUGACCCCUUUGGAGAGAGAAAAGAAACGCAGAGAAGUCAGACAGUUCGAUGACGUGACGAAUCUCGUUUUUACCUGCUAUUUUCUCUCGUUUAUAUGACUCCUCUGGAGAAAGAAAACAGGGAAAAGAGACGCAGAGAAAUCAGACAGUUCCAUGACGGGAAAGAUCUCGUUUCUGUGACCUAUGAGAGAGAAAAGAGACGCAGAGAAGUCAGACAAUUCCAUAACAUGACAAACCUCGUUUCUAUGACCCCUAUAGAGAGAGAAAAGAGACGCAGAUAAGUCAGACAGUUCUAUGACGUGAAGGAUCUCGUUGUCAUGAUCUAUGAGAAAAAAGAGACGUAGAGAGGUCAGACAGUUUCAAGUCGUGAAGAAUGAAGUACAUCAAGCAUGGCGUGAAAAAAAACUUCUUCCGUUGCUUUGAUUUGAUUUUUGAGUUUCGUGUCAAUUCAGCUCAAACGGGCCACCGUACAAAACUCAAAGACCGGCGAACUGGAGCACGCGACCUACCGUAUCUCCAAAAGGUAUACUGUAGCUUCCUCCCCCAAUGUUCCCUUUAUUAGAAAUCAUCAUUUUAUGAGUUUUAGUGUACUUACCUGUCCUCUACAGAGUAAUUUGCCGUAUAUGAUGUGAUUUUUUUUUUUUGAGUUGUUCCAAAAUGUGUACUUUUUUGCUUUAUUGAUGUACCUUUUUGUCGCGAAUUUGAAGAAAAACUGUUUUUUUUUUCUCAGCGCCUGGCUGAAAGGCGAAGAACACCCCGUCGUUGCCAGGAUCAACAGGAGAAUCGAGGAUUUCACCAACUUGAACCAGGCGACUUCCGAGGAGCUCCAGGUACAACAAAAUAUCAAAAAUCGGCUCGGAAAUGGUAUUUUUGGGCUGGAAACCUUGCCAAAAAUUGAGUUUCCUGAAGGGAAUUUUUUGGAAAUGAGGUCAUGUCGAGUAAUUUCAAAAAAAAAGUUUUUUCUGGCUUGAAAAAUAGUUUUCUUGUCACGCGAAUUAGGUUUAUCACUAGAGCGCAUUUUCAAUAGAAAAAUGGCUUUUCAGGUUAUUCUGUGCAGAAAAAUUCAGAAAUUCCUCUUUUUUUCGAUUAAAUUUGCGGAUAGUUUUUUUAUGAAUUUCAAAUAUAGAACGAAUUUUUCACAGUCGAAAUUUGGAAAAAAUUGCUCGAAUUAAAAAAAAAUCAUCUUUUUCGCGAUUUCUCUCUUUUUUUGGUCAUUUCGACUUUUUCAGAACGUUAAAAUUUCAGAUUUUUUCGAAAUUUCGAAAAUUUUUUUCAAUUCAGGAAUGCUUAGAGGUCUUAAAGCGCUUAAUUUUUAUUCAAAAAAAGGUUUAGAAGGUUUUUUUAACCAAAUUUUUUUGUUCACUAUUGACCAAAAAUUAUAUUUUUUUGGUUCAAAAAGUUCCAAAUAAGGUCUUAAAUAAGUUUCGACGUUUUUCUUCGCGCCUUGCGAAUUUCGGCCUUCAAAAUUCCCUCUGAACACUUCUAAAAAACAUUUCCAGAUAGCCAACUACGGCCUCGGCGGUCACUACGACCCGCAUUUCGAUUUUGCCAGGGUGAAUUAUUUUCAGUCAUUUUCCCGGGUUUUCAGAUCGCCAACUAUGGAAUCGGCGGCCAUUAUGUCCCCCAUUACGAUAUGUCUUUGGUGAGCGAUGCGGUUCAGAAAAAUCAAUUAUUCACACCUCUCGGAUUGCACUUUUUGAGUGAUUUUUGGUUGGAUUUCGUGCCGUUUCAGUUGAAUUUUUGGUUUUAACUCUAUUUUUCUCAAAUACUGAUCUUCAAGUUUAAAUUUAGAACAGUUAGAGAAUAUUUUCAUUUUUAAAAAUUUGAGAUUAUGCUCUUUUUUAAGAGAUUAUUCAGUUUUAAUUUGGUUUUUUUUUUCAGUUAUUUCACUUAUUUUUUUCGGAAUCUAGAGCAUUGUCAGAAAUGUCAAGAAACCUUUUUUUGACGAAAAAUUGCUGAAAAAAGAGUGUGGAUAACAUGGAGGGUGCCUGACAGUAAGAGAUGAUUUUUUCGGUCUGACAGUUUCCAUCUUCUCCGUCAUCUCUAGGAAAAAUUUCGAAAAAAAGUUUUUUUUGCAUAAUUUUGAGAAGAUAAAAUUUUUUAAAUGAUCUUUUGAACGAUUUAAAAAUUUUCUGACAGUUCUCUGGAUUUUCUCUACUUAGGAACGCUAUAGUGGUCCCUAUAGAAGCAACUUUAGAGGUCCUUGAAGGCCCCCCCCCUCUAGGGACCACUUUACCUGUCCCUAUAGGGGCCAAUGAAGCUUGCAAAAUUGACCGAUAUGCCUUUUUAAUGUUCAAAUCUAAACAAAAUGGUAAAAGACCCUAUAGGGACCACUCAAGCUUCAGGGCGUGAAGGCCGGACUCUGAACCCUAUAAGGAGCACUUUUUGAACCAUAUAGGGGCUAUUUUUCCCCUAACCCCUUUAGUGACCACUAUAGCGCUCCUAAGUAAACCCUCAAAGAUAGUUUGAAAAAAAAACACUCGAAAAAUUUGAAAACUUCCAGAGAGGUGAAAAAGAGCCGUACCGGGCGAACGGUAACCGCAUCGCCACCGUAUUGUUCUACGUGAGUUUCCAAGAUUACCAACUAAUUUUGGGUAUUGUAGAAAGAGGAGAAGAAUGCCUUCAAGAGCCUUAACACGGGCAACCGAAUCGCAACCGUUUUGUUCUACGUGAGGAUUUAUAUGAACUUUUUUUUCUUGAAAAUUUGAAAAAAUUCGUGAGAAUCGUCGUUUUUUGUGUGUGAAAAGGGGUGUGAAGAAAUAGCCGCGUUUUUUUUUUGCAUGAUUACCGUUUCAAAUGGCUUCUAAAAUUGAGUUUGGCAUGGUAUUUCGUUCGACUCUGUGUGGACGUUGAAAAAAAAAUCUGCUUCUUUUUUUUUCAUCUGCGAAUGAUUCCGGAAGAUUUUUAAAAUCCACUUUGACUUUUUCAGUUUAAAAAAUUUGAGAGGCUUUUUUUGGUGGCCAAGUGUGCUCUGUAGACAAAAUAAUCGUCCAGCAUGAUUUGUUUUUUUUUUGAUUUUUUUCACCUCGGUUUGCAGUGAAAAAACGACGAUUCCUAUGAACCUUAUAAAAAAAAUAUCGAAAAGAGCAUGCGAUUACGGUGACCGCAUUAGUCAUGUGUAUGGGGAAUGAUGAAAAUGUGAAUUUUUUUUAUCUUCAAAUUUUGAUUUUCGCAAAAAUUCUUUGGUGUCUUUAGCAUGUAAUUUUGCAAUUUUUCAAGGUUUUGUUUUAAAUUUAGAGCAUGAGUUACAUCGAAUUCAAGAUUUUUCAGAACUAUUUCAUCAUUUUCAGAAGAAUUUUGCUAGAGAAAAUGUAGAAAAAGACGAAAUUUUCAGUCCGAAAACUUGAAAAAAUCAAUUUUUUUUUAACGAGCCCUAAAAAGAGUGCGGCAUUUGCAGAUGAGCCAACCGGAAAGGGGCGGAGCCACCGUUUUCAAUCAUCUCGGAACGGCCGUUUUCCCGUCGAAGAAUGAUGCCUUGUUCUGGUACAAUUUGAGGGUGAGGGCUCAAAUUUUAUCCAGAAGAAAUUUGACGUCAUCACUAGGUCUCAAAACUUUUUGAAGAUCAAUUUGCAGCUCUCAAAAGAUUAAGCAGACCAAAAAUCGAUAUUUUCAAAUUGAGCAGGUCAAUUUGCAGCUCCCAAACGAUUAAGCAGACCAAAAAUCAAUAUUCACAAGGAUGAGCAAGUCGAUUUGCAGCCCCCAAAAGAUAAGGCAGACCAAAAAUCGAUACUUUCAAAUUGAGUAGGUCGAUUUGCAGCCCCCAAACGAUUAGGCAGACCAAAAAUCGAUACUUUCAAAUUUAGUAGGUCGAUUUGCAGCUCCCAAAAUAUUAGGCAGACCAAAAUUCAAUAUUUUCAAAUUGAGCACGUCGAUUUGCAGCUCCCAAAACAUUAGGCAGACCGAAAUUCAAUAAUUUCAAAUUGAGCAGGUCGAUUUGCAGCUCCCAAAAUAUUAGGCAGACCAAAAUUCAAUAUUUUCAAAUUGAGCACGUCGAUUUGCAGCUCCCAAAAGAUUAGGCAGACCAAAAAUCGAUACUUUCAAAUUGAGCAGGUCGAUUUGCAGCUCCCAAACGAUUAAGCAGACCAAAAAUCAAUAUUCACAAGGAUGAGCAAGUCGAUUUGCAGCCCCCAAAAGAUAAGGCAGACCAAAAAUCGAUACUUUCAAAUUGAGUAGGUCGAUUUGCAGCCCCCAAACGAUUAGGCAGACCAAAAAUCGAUACUUUCAAAUUUAGUAGGUCGAUUUGCAGCUCCCAAAAUAUUAGGCAGACCAAAAAUUCAAUAUUUUUCAAAUUGAGCACGUCGAUUUGCAGCUCCCCAAAAAGAUUAGGCAGACCAAAAAAAUCGAUAUUUUCAAAUUGAGCAGGUCGAUUUGCAGCUCCCCAAAACGAUUAAGCAGACCAAAAAAAUCAAUAUUCACAAGGAUGAGCAAGUCGAUUUGCAGCCCCCAAAAAGAUAAGGCAGACCAAAAAAAUCGAUACUUUUCAAAUUGAGUAGGUCGAUUUGCAGCCCCCAAACGAUUAGGCAGACCAAAAAUCGAUACUUUCAAAUUUAGUAGGUCGAUUUGCAGCUCCCAAAAUAUUAGGCAGACCAAAAUUCAAUAUUUUCAAAUUGAGCACGUCGAUUUGCAGCUCCCAAAAGAUUAGGCAGACCAAAAAUCGAUAUUUUCAAAUUGAGCAGGUCGAUUUGCAGCUCCCAAACGAUUAAGCAGACCAAAAAUCAAUAUUCACAAGGAUGAGCAAGUCGAUUUGCAGCCCCCAAAAGAUAAGGCAGACCAAAAAUCGAUACUUUCAAAUUGAGUAGGUCGAUUUGCAGCCCCCAAACGAUUAGGCAGACCAAAAAUCGAUACUUUCAAAUUUAGUAGGUCGAUUUGCAGCUCCCAAAAUAUUAGGCAGACCAAAAUUCAAUAUUUUCAAAUUGAGCACGUCGAUUUGCAGCUCCCAAAAGAUUAGGCAGACCAAAAAUCGAUAUUUUCAAAUUGAGCAGGUCGAUUUGCAGCUCCCAAAACAUUAGGCAGACCAAAAUUCAAUAAUUUCAAAUUGAGCAGGUCGAUUUGCAGCUCCCAAAACAUUAGGCAGACCAAAAAUCAAUAUUUUCAAAUUGAGCACGUCGAUUUGCAGCUCCCAAAACAUUAGGCAGACCGAAAUUCAAUAAUUUCAAAUUGAGCAGGUCGAUUUGCAGCCCCCAAACGAUUAGGCAGACCAAAAAUCGAUACUUUCAAAUUUAGUAGGUCGAUUUGCAGCUCCCAAAAUAUUAGGCAGACCAAAAUUCAAUAUUUUCAAAUUGAGCACGUCGAUUUGCAGCUCCCAAAAGAUUAGGCAGACCAAAAAUCGAUAUUUUCAAAUUGAGCAGGUCGAUUUGCAGCUCCCAAACGAUUAAGCAGACCAAAAAUCAAUAUUCACAAGGAUGAGCAAGUCGAUUUGCAGCCCCCAAAAGAUAAGGCAGACCAAAAAUCGAUACUUUCAAAUUGAGUAGGUCGAUUUGCAGCCCCCAAACGAUUAGGCAGACCAAAAAUCGAUACUUUCAAAUUUAGUAGGUCGAUUUGCAGCUCCCAAAAUAUUAGGCAGAUCAAAAAUCAAUAUUUUCAAAUUGAGCACGUCGAUUUGCAGCUCCCAAAAGAUUAGGCAGACCAAAAAUCGAUAUUUUCAAAUUGAGCAGGUCGAUUUGCAGCUCCCAAAACAUUAGGCAGACCAAAAUUCAAUAAUUUCAAAUUGAGCAGGUCGAUUUGCAGCUCCCAAAACAUUAGGCAGACCAAAAAUCAAUAUUUUCAAAUUGAGCAGGUCGAUUUGCAGCUCCCAAAAGUUAAAAUUAAGCAGGGCUAAGCUGAAUCUCUAGUGCAAAGAGUGUUGUGUAAAAAAAAAUUUUUUGAUUAUUACAUGGACAGCAUGACGUCAUGUUAGGCUUUUUGUCAUAAGUUAAAUUAAUGACGUCAUUUUUAAGCUCAUAGUAGUCAUUCAAAGGGAAAAAUUAAUCUUUUUGUUUCAGCGAAAUGGAGAUGGCGACUUGAGGACUCGCCAUGCCGCUUGUCCCGUACUUAUGGGCGUUAAAUGGGUACGUUUUGGUCAUCUACAGUUUGGGGAAAAGUAUUGAGCUUUACUGAGAAAAAAAAAAUGAUUCUGAAAAUUUUCACAACUGAAAAUACACAGUUAGGAGAAGUUUCGGGUUUUUUAUUUAUUUUUUUUGAUUGAGAGACCUACCGUAGAACAAUAUAUAGCUUUCAAGGUGAAAAAAACCUGACUGUACCUUUAAAAUGCGAUCACUUUUUGCAGGUCUCCAACAAAUGGAUCCACGAACGAGGCCAAGAAUUCACCCGCCCUUGCGGAUUGGACGAAAAUGUCCAGGAAAACUUUGUCGGCGAUUUGUCCCCUUAUGAAAACUCACCAUAA